GCGAGCAGCUCUUACCUCACAGUCUGCGGUCAUACAACUGUCCUGAGCCCAGCAGACCUGAAGUUCUGAGCCAAGAGAAGACUGACUGGAGCAGAGAUGUGUGAGCCAUACUCCAAGGAGAAAACCAUUGAAAUGAGGAAAAAGUACAUAGGGCCAUCCUGCAAAGUAUUUUUUGAAAAAGAUCCAAUUAAGAUUGUAUGUGCAAAAGGGCAGUACAUGUUUGAUGAAAGAGGAGAAAAGUACCUGGACUGCAUAAAUAAUGUUGCUCAUGUUGGACAUAGUCAUCCAGAGGUGACAAAGGCUGCAGUGAAGCAAAUGGAGUUACUGAAUACAAACUCUAGAUUCCUGCAUGACAACCUCGUCCAGUAUGCUGAGAGCCUAACAGCUACACUGCCUGAGGAGCUUUCUGUUUGCUACUUUGUGAACUCAGGGUCAGAAGCAAAUGACCUAGCGUUACGGUUGGCUCGACAGUACUCUGGACACAGUGAUGUGAUAACCCUUGACCAUGCUUACCAUGGACAUGUGACGUCUUUGAUUGACAUAAGUCCAUACAAAUUUCAGCAACUCGGAAAAGAAGCCAAAAAAGAGUUUGUUCAUGUGGCUCCAUCACCUGAUACCUACAGGGGCAAAUACAGAGAAGACCAUCCUGAUCCUGGGGCAGCAUAUGCUGAGGAAGUAAAUGACAUAAUCAAUGAGGCUCAUCAAAAUAAUAGACAGAUUGCUGCAUUCAUUGCUGAAUCCAUGCAAAGCUGUGGAGGCCAAGUUAUUCCACCGCCUGGCUAUUUCAAGAAAGUGGCAGAGUACGUACAUAAGUCUGGAGGAGUAUUCAUAGCUGAUGAAGUGCAGGUUGGAUUUGGACGAGUUGGGAAAUAUUUCUGGAGUUUCCAGCUCCAGGGCGAAGAUUUUGUACCAGACAUUGUCACCAUGGGAAAGCCUAUUGGUAAUGGACAUCCACUGUCUUGUGUUGUGACAACCAGGAAAAUUGCAGAAGCCUUUGGGGCGACAGGCCUGGAAUACUUUAACACGUUUGGGGGAAACCCAGUGUCUUGUGCUAUUGGCUUGGCUGUGCUUGACAUUAUUGAAAAAGAAGAUUUGCGAGGGAAUGCUAUCAGAGUGGGAAACUACCUUGUAGAGCUGCUGCAGGAGCAGAAGGAAAAACACCAGAUAAUAGGCGAUAUCAGAGGUUCUGGACUGUUUGUUGGUGUAGAUCUAGUUAAAGACAGACAACUGAGGACUCCGGCUACAGCAGAGGCCCAGCACGUCAUAUAUAAGUUGAAAGAAAAACGAAUUCUCCUGAGUGCAGAUGGACCACAUAGAAAUGUUCUUAAAUUUAAGCCUCCCAUGUGCUUUUCAAAGGAGGAUGCUAAGAUGGUGGUGGACGCCAUAGAUGAGCUACUUACUGCUUUCGAGGAAGCAAAUGGAACAAGGCUAGCCGUUGCGAAUGGACAGUCAACAAACAAAAGAAAAUACAACAUCCACGAACACCAGAGCACUAGCAAUUCACAUGGCAAUGUCUGCAGAACCCAAGAACAUGGAUUUCACUCAGAAAACCAUGCCGUAAGCAACAAAAAAAUAAGAACAUAAACUAGAUGCAAGAUUCCUUAUUGAUUUUCAACUCUUCCAAACAUGCAAGGAAAUGCCACUACACGGUUGGAUAAUGGUGAAGAGGCUGGCUUUACUACUAACUGCAUUAUAUGUGUGACUAGAAUUUCAAUAUAUCAUAUUGAAAUUAAAACUAUAUCCAUGUUUUAAUGGCUUAAACAUAAAACACAAUUUAGCAUUAUGGAAGCCCAGUGCCAUCUCCUGAACUCUACACUUAUUGCCUAGUUUCAGCAUGUCACCUGGUUUCACAAAUUAAGGUGCUGCUGACUUGAUUUGGAUAGCAAGUUAUUUUUAUAGCUAUUUUACCUUCUGAAGUCUAACCAAUAAAUCAUGCAACUGUGCAAUUAAAACAAACUCACAGCAGAAAACAGCUUACCGUACUGUACAGUUCAUGACAUAGUGUGGUGAUACCUGUAAUUUAACAUGUAUGUUCAUGAGAUAUUACUAUAUUGUAACAUUAAGCUUACACUAUUAUCAAUAAACUGCUUCAGGUAUCAGUUUU